CGUCAUUAUGAUAAGGCUUUACGAGAAAGAGAAUCACGCCAAAACAUAUGCAGUUUAUAGACCUGAUUAUCCCAUUUCAGUCGCAGAAGAAAUCAUUAGUUAUGUAAGAAGGAAAAGCGGGUUACAAAAAGGUGAUAAUAUACCGGUAAUGGUCGACAUUGGAUGUGGGACCGGGCAAUCAACUAAACUUUUUCAACCUUACGUAUCAAAAAUUGUAAGUAUCGAUCCAAGUGAAAAUCAAAUCGAGCAAGCAAAGAUAUUCAAUUCUGCACCGAACGUUACGUACUUUGUGGGGAAAGCUGAAAGCAUGCCUGUUGACGACGAAUCCGUGGACAUUGUUUGUGCUGGAACUUCAAUACACUGGGUUGAUUUUGGAUGUUUUUUCAAGGAAUGCAGCAGAGUGCUGAAGCCCAGUGGUAGCAUAGCUCUCUACGCGUAUGGGAAACCGAAUAUUACCCAGUUGGAUAGAAGUCCUGACCCAAGUGCUGCUUCAAUUUUGUCCAAUCUAUGUUCGGAAUGUAUCUCACACGAACGAACUAGUCAUGUGGGCGACAAGUACAGUAGAAUAUUUGACAUGAUAACUUGUGCAGAUAAAACUAGGUCUGAUUUUCACAAAAUCGAAAAGGAGUUAAGUCUGGAGGAAUUUUCAAAAUAUGCUUCGACGUGGUCAAGCUAUCACACAUUUUUGAAAAAUAAAGAGGAUAGUCAAUCUGAUAUUUUAAAGGAUUUCGGCAAAGAUUUGAAAAAACUUUGGCAUGUGGAGCACUUACGUGAUGAUGAAAUAAAAUUAUUCGUUACGUGGGAUGUGUUCAUACUUCUUUCAGGCAGACCUUGGAAGUGAACUUUUCAUUCCUAACUAUCAUAUUUCUGACCACCGAAUUUACAUAACCAAAUACAAAGUUUUUAUAAAUUAA